AUGAAUCGGCGCAAGCGAAUACGUCAAGGCCAAUCGCUGCCCGAUGAAUAUGUGGUUCCUCGGGUCGCUGCUGGAGGGCUUGGCGGGGAAUUUGCUGAUUUCAGGCUAGCGCCGGAGGACGCAACUUUGCCACGUCUAGGGUUUGGCUAUGCAUUCUCGUUGGGUGCGGGUGGGGAUCUUAGCGAGCCUGAAGCAGAUCCUUCAGAGUUAGCGAAGAGCCUGGAUGAUGACAACGAGCCCACUAUGACGGAUGAUUUAUUCGCUUUGGAGGAGAAGGAUGCUACAGAUGAUGAGAGUGAAGGCUCCGAUUUGGAUUGUCCAUCGGAUGGGUCAGUCCCUGAUACAUCCGGGGACAAAGAAGAUACACCUCUCUUGCCAAAGAAGGAGAAGAGACGGCGUUUCCAAGAUCUGAAGGCGAAAGCCGGUACUGCGUGUGUCUAUCCUAUUCAAGAUCAUUCAGUGAUGUCCGCUGCUUUCAACGAUCUCAUCAGACUUCAUCCAAAAGCUGAUGGUUGUACCUUAUUGGGGCUCUACAAUGAAAAAUACCUCCAUGCGGAACGCAAAAGUGCGAUCGAUGAGGGUAGAAUGCCGCGCAGUUACCACCCCACUACGCUUAUUCAUGUGGAGGCGUUUUUGAAGAGUAGGCGGCGCGAAGCGGGAUAUGCGCGGGAGUGGGGAAGUUUCGAUGGCGAAACUAUGGACAUCUUCAGGAAGUUAGAUGACGCACUCCAGCCUAGGAAAGGAGAAGCAGUAGUGGAGCAUGCCUCUAUCCCUAUCCAGCAAGCCAAUUCGUCUGCUAAAGGGCCGGAGCCCAUUCAGCAGACUGAUAUUCUUGAAGAAAUUGGUCGUGGGCUUCCAAAAAAGACGAAUGAGGGAGAAAGUGGAGAGCCAUCCCCAUUGUCCGACCAAGGGGUGACCGAGAACGAUUUCGACGAGAUGGGAGACGGAGGCGAUGGUGAACCGGUGGAGACUUCAAUAGCGGGAGGGAAUAAUAAGGCUUUGAGAACUUGUACUUGGUGCGGCAGACCCCUGAGGAAGGCACUGAAUGGGUACCACAUUCCCGAUGGUAGUCCUUUCGGCCGCUGUCCCGAUCGGAAUGUGGCAGAAGAGGUUGCUGCGCGGCUGAAGCUGGCAGAAGAACGGGAGAUGGUAGAAAAGAAGAUUGCUGAGAAGGCGGCGGCGGGUGCCACAAUCAUCGGAGAUGUCAGCAGUAACAAAGGUCGCAGCUGCAGCAAGUGCAGGAGGCCUUAUAGCUGCGAACUCGAGCUAUCAGGCGUCUUCUAUCCUCAUCGUCAAUUCAAAGUUCUCAAGGAGGAUGGUGGAUACACGCAAAAUAUAUUUUGUCCCCUCGUGGAUGAGCUCCGGUUAUUGGAAGAAUACGAGUCCGAGAAAAGAGAUCGCCAGAAAAAUCGAUGGCGUAGAGAGAACGCCAAGCGCAAGAGAGAGAAUUAACGGUUAAAGUGCAAAGUGCAGCCCUGCCCGGUCUGAAUCCUCGCAUGGCCAUAGACGCGUCUUAUGCGAGUGGAUUAAAGCUCAAGUCAGUCAAGCGCAGCAAAAGA